GGUCAGAUUCCACAGCAAUAUAACUACACAGCUGGGAACAGUGACCAAGCAAACUCAGAGUGUGAACAUGACGGAGGCGAAUGGCACACCGGAGAUGAUGAAGCCGGAGAGUGUGUCGCUGCAUCCUCUGGGUGCAGCAGCUGCCCCUGCGCCGGAGAUGCUGUGUAUCUUUGGGACGGGGGACUUGGGGCGCUCUCUGGGCCUGCGUCUGCUCCAGUCCGGCUACAGGGUGGUGUACGGCAGCCGCAGACCUCACAGCUGUGGCCCCUUGCCUCAGGGAGCUCAGGUGAUGAGUCAUGUAGCAGCAGCCCAAUCAGCCAGUCUGAUCUUUGUUUGUGUUCACAGAGAACAUUAUGAAUUCCUGGAGACAAUGGCACCACAUCUUGCGGGAAAGGUGCUGGUGGACCUCAGUAACAAUCUGAAGAAAGACAUGUACCCAGAAACCAACGCCGCCUACCUGCAGAGACUGGUCCCUGGAGCUGCUGUGGUGAAAGGCUUUAACACACUGUCUGCCUGGGCCCUGCAGAAUGGACUUCUGGCAGGAAAACAGGUGUACCUGUGUGGGAACAGUGUGGAAGCAAAGCGGGCAGUAGCAGAGAUGGCCACUAAGCUUGGCCUCACUGUUCUGGAUAAAGGGUCUCUGUCUGCAGCCGGAGAGCUGGAGGACUUCCCCCUACGGCUGUUCCAAGAGUGGAGGCUGCCGCUAUGUGUGGCCGUUGGCCUCACUGCUUUCUUCUUCUUCUAUCUCCUCAUCAGAGAUGUCAUCUACGGGUAUGUUGAACAGGGGAAAGACAUCUCCUUCAGGAUCACGGUGUCCCUGGGCAACAAGGUGUUUCCCAUUGUGUCUCUCAUCAUGUUGUCGCUGUGUUACCUGCCUGGUGUCAUAGCUGCCUUCUUACAGCUCUACAGAGGAACCAAGUACAGGCGUUUCCCUGAUUGGCUGGACCGCUGGAUGCUGUGCAGGAAGCAGAUGGGUCUGAUUGCACUGAGCUAUGCUUUUCUCCAUGCCAUCUAUACAUUCAUCACUCCUACCCGCUAUGCUGUCAGACACAAGCUCAUCACGCUUGUGGUAGAUGAGAUGAAGAACAAUAAAACCACUCCGUUUUACUUUGAUAACACCGAGGCAUGGGCACAGGACUCAUUCUACGUGCUGGGAAUCCUGGGCUUCUUUCUUUAUGUCCUGCUAGGACUAACAUCCCUGCCCUCUGUGGGAGGCUCUCUCAGCUGGAGAGAGUUCAGCUUCAUUCAGUCUAAACUGGGCCACCUGACCCUGAUCAUAUGCACGACACAUGGCUACAUUUACGGCUGGAACAAAUUCCUUCGUCCCUCUACCUACAAAUGGUACACUCCACCUGGCUACAUGCUCUGUCUGAUUGUGCCUUCUGUGGUGCUGGUGCUCAAGGCGUUGAUCCUUCUCCCCUGCGUGGAUCGAAGCCUAACCCACAUUCGUCAAGGCUGGGAGAGGACCCAGCUGAAGGAGGAGAUGGGUAAGGCCACUAACCUGUGAACUCUGACCUCUGAAGUCAUCAGGGUUGCUGAUUAUUGAGUUUCACUCAUUAUUGUUGUGUGGGGGUAAAUAGUACUCCAUAGUAAACACAUUUGUAAUUUGUAUACAGUCAUAACGUUGGCAAAUGAUUUACAAUAUGUUUUCAUUUAGCAAAUAAAGCACAAGCUAUUAAUUUUCUGAAGUGUCAUCUGUUUGGAAAACAUGUCUUUAUAUUAAAGUUGGUAUGUAGAAUGAGUUAUACUUCAGAAAACAUAAUUUUGUCCAUGCUCAGUUGGUGUGUGAUUGUGUCCUUUGAUCAGUCAGCACUGCCUACUCUCAAUUGUGCAAUAGCCAAACAAAACAAAAAAGUAUAGUUUAUUUCAGCCAAAUGGACAGGUCUCCGUGGAUAUAAAUGUUUUUAAUGUCUAUUUCCUUUGAGCUUUGACAAAAAAAAAAAAAAAAAAAAAAAACAGAUUUUGCUUUCUCACAGAAUGUGGUGAAAAAUAGAUUGAUAUCCCCCGCUGACAUCCAUUGUUUUGAUAAACAUAGGCAACAGUUUCCGCUUCCCUCUCUCCUCUCCCUUCAAGUUGUGCAAUUGUAUCCCUGAGGUCGCUCUCUUUUCAGGAUGUUAUUGAUCUCCCUGUUUUCUAACACAAAUACUGCGCUGCCCAAACCUGCCUGCCUCUUAAGGGCGUGCAAACGUGUACACUAACACACUGCAGAUGCACAUACACAGUGCAAAGGAGAGUAAGGUUAAGCUAAUUAUAUUACCACCUGCAGAGUCGACACACGUGCACACAUAGGUGCACGUAUACAUGGUGCCAACACCACAGUGGAGCACAGAUUUGGAAGCCAAAUGCAGGCUCAGGAAGAAGAACAGGUGUUACAAAAACAGUCUUUUCUAGAUCUAAAACAGGGUUACAGAGGGCUAAAGCUGGUAGAUAAUCAGAGCAUGUACAAGGAGGCAGAGCAGAAUAUAGGCUGUAUAAUGAAGGCAACGUAGACAGUCUAUGAGCCGCCCUCUGUAUACGCUGAUAGCAGAUAAGAAGCAGCUGGGUAGGUAGGCGACUUGAUCAGGUGAUGAGGUGGCAAAGUCAAUAGUGACGGCUGGUGGUGCAGAAUGGCAGGUGUGGAACAAGAUACCUUAGUAUGUACAACACUAAUCAGAUGAUCGAGAUGCAGAGGAGGGAAGGGAGGAGGAUGGAGCAGCUGUCGCCAUGACAGAGUCUGGUGCUACAAGAGAAAUAUGCAGCGCCUUUUUUGCCCAAAGCGGAACAUUUAGUCAGAGGCAUCCUGUUAUCUAGCAUCUAACAGCAUUAUCUGCACACACAAUCUGCAAUCCCUUACACCCUCUCACAGUGUAUUGUUCUCCCAUUACAAAAGAACUGCUGUUGAUUUUAGCCUAUUUCCUGCUGUGUGUACUGAUGUAUAAAUGAGAUAAGUAUUUCAACAUCGCCCUGGGAAAGAAUUAAGAUGCAGCAACGUACAAAAAAAAACUGUGAAACAAGCUAGCCUUCCACCCGUGUUUAUUUUCACACACCUAUAGGCAACCCCUGUGUCCAGCCAUGAAGGCACACUUCUAUAUGGGCCUAAAAUAAACAGUGUGUCUAUUCGCACCCAGGUGAGAACAGUCCCUCUGCGGCUAUUUGGCUAUUUACAUCCACGCAGUGACUGGCUAGUACUUGUCAUGUGGACAUAUCUUGGAGGGAUUAGGGCAAGGGGGUCAUGGUUAGGACUGGCACUUGCCAAUCGUGGAUAUUCUUUGAUAUUAAAGUGGUAGAUCUGUGAGGGAAAACUCACAUGUGCACUGCCAGAAAGUCAGGUGAUAUUGUAUAAACAGCGACACAGUGAGAGUGCGAGUAAAGAGAGAUUAUGAUGAGCUCACCAGGAUUCACUUGGAUGUUUAAUGAAAGGUGUAUAAUGAAAUGACAUGCUGCCUUGUUCUAUGCCAGAGUUUGGGCAUAACUUGUACAUUUGCUUUUGUAACAAAAUGAUCUUGACAUUUACUUGAUGUUUCUUGUCUAAUUCUGUAGAGUUUGUGUAGUUGAAAAAAACUCAAAUGAAAUUCUAAUAAAUCAAGAUGUAUAUUAA